GGCAGCCAAUCAGCGCCGCGAACACAGAUAUGCAAAUGAGGCGGGGGAAGAGCUCACGCUUGUCGUAAGGGGUUGGAGGGGCCGCUUUAUCAGCACUGGGAAACUUGGCCUGAUAGAGCUGCAGGGAGAGACCCCCUCCCGCAUCCAUAUCCCUUCUCCUGGGGGGAAUCGAUAACUAGGAUCGAUCCAUCGGUGAUCAGCGCUGGGGAGGGGGUCCCCGUCUACAUCUCCGCCCCGUAUGUUGGUGUCUCGGGCGGGAUCCCGGGAGAUUUCAAUAUGUAACCAUGUUUAAUAUCCUAUUUGGAGGAACCACACCACCAUGGCUUGGGUCGUGACGUGAAGUAUUUUCAUUAAAGUGCUUACAGAAUCUAAGUCUAUCAAUAUGACUGAUCCGAUGAUGGAUUUUUUCGAUGACACGCACCUGUUUGAUGAAACAUUGGGCCUAUCUGAUGACGCAUUUUCUCAGCAUGAUGCAGUAUCCUUGGUUGACGAAUUAAACCUUGGAGCAGAGUUUGAGCCGCUCCAUGUUGAUUCUUUAAAUCAUGUGCAGGAUUCUCAAACACACCAAAAAAUCAGUGAGUUUGAUACACUCAGCCAGUUUGAGUCUAUGAAGUUACAUCCGGUAAGCCAGUCUUACAGUAGCCCGGUUGAGAGUGUCCUGUCUCCACGAUCGCAGUUCAGCUGCUCUCCAAUACAUCCACCAAGUCAAGGGAAUGGUAUCUUUUCUGAUGAUGGAAGCCCUAUGUGGGGCCACCAAACUGCCACAAGUAUUCCAAGUCAAAAUGGCUCCCCAUUCCACCAACACGGACACUCUCAGACUAUGCAGCAAAGCAAAGGAUAUGUAACACACCAUGAUUUUGCCUUGUUUCAGGCCAGUGAACAGCAGCGGGUCUCAGCACCGCAGCCACAGCACAAUAGGCACAGUAUUAAUGCCUGCCAGGAGACCAUGACUCAACAAAAAAACUUCAUAGAUAUUAAUGUUUCUUUGCCACAUAGGACUUCAAAUGCCCAGCAAACACCAAUGGUAAAUCAUACAAACAUACAAGAUUCUUUACCUUUAGAACAGUUUUCUCAAUCAGCGGCAUCAUUGCACUUUUGUAGCAACCCAAUUGGGACACAACAUGAGAGUACAUUUGAUAGUCACUCUACAGCGCCAUGUUCCGUGAAUGCUACACCACCGUUUUCAGCUCAUUAUUCUUUCUCUAACAACCACCUUAAUCACGGCACUCAUUCUUUGUCUGAUUUUACUGAAAGCCCAGGAUUUCCAGAAUUAGGAACCAAGCAGGAACCUAGUCAACAUGUCCUCAACCCUAGUGAACAAUUGCAUUCGAACGAUUUCCAUAUGGUGCAUUCUUCACAUUCUCAGGGUAACUACAAUGGAACAAAGAUGUCUCCAAUGACCAUCAGCUUUCCAUCCCAAGAUGGUUCUUCUGUACGGUUGAGUCACUUUAAUGAUCAUAUGGAGAGUAAUGGCUUUUCACCUUUGGAAGACAACCUGUUGCAGCAAGUAAAUGCACAAACAGAACCAUUCACAGGACUUGAUCCAGUGGAUUUGCUACAGGAAGAUUUACUGCCACACUUUGAUGACGCAGCUUAUGCCCAAGAGAGCUCAAAUUCACACCAGGCUAUGCUAGAACAUCCUGACAACAUGGCUCAUAGUGAACAGCACCCCAUGAGUGUCCCCAAUGAUCUUCUCAACUCACAGCGACUAGCCCAGCAUAAUCCUUGGAACUCCACAGCAUCCAAUCAUCUCAAUCUGAUUGACCGGCGACACCUGUGCCUCCAGAGGGAACCUCCCUCCUCUAAAAAGCUUGAUGGUUCCCGGGCCUACCACAAACUGCCAAAUUCCAAGGUGAGAUCGGCGUCCGAGAGGCGCACUAAAAAAAAGGGUGAUUCAGAAAGCAAGCAGGAGAAGGCCAAUCGUAUUAUAUCUGAAGCAAUCGCCAAAGCCAAGGAGAGGGGUGAGAGGAACAUUCCCCGGGUCAUGAGCCCUGACAACUUCCCCAGCAUGUCCUCUUCAGAGGGCAAGGAGGAGAAACGUGGACGGAAAGCAAAGUCCAAACCUAAGGAUAAAGAAAGCAAGAAAACCAAAGCUGGUCUGACCUCCAAACUGAAAGAAAAGAAGAAGAUUGGAAAAUUGAUAAUUACUUUGGGCCGGAAGCAGAAGAGAAAAAUUGAAUCCUCAGAUGAUGUCUCUGACACUGACACAACUUCUCGUGCUCUGAAAGACGAAGACCCUCAGAAACGUAGAUCAAACCGGCAAGUGAAGAGGAAGAAAUAUGCAGAAGAGGUGGAAGGGAAGAUUUUUGAGGAUGAACCAAAGGCCAAUGUUAAAACCAAGAAGAGUGGAGCUCCUCUGCCAGCAGAGCAACCUUUACAGCUGUUUGUGGAGAACCCAAGUGAAGAAGAUGCGGCAAUUGUGGAUAAAAUUUUAUCAUCCAGAAUAUUGAAGAAUGAGACUCAAUCGGGGAUGUUGGUUGACGCGGAAGAAUUUUACGUCAAGUACAAAAAUUACUCUUAUUUGCACUGCGAAUGGGCCACCGAGCAGCAGCUGCUGAAGGAUAAAAGAAUUCAGCAGAAGAUAAAACGCUUCAAGAUACGGCAGGCACAACGGGCACACUUUUUUGCUGAUAUGGAAGAAGAACUAUUUAACCCUGAUUAUGUAGAAGUUGAUCGCGUGCUAGAAGUUUCUUUUUGUGAAGAUACAGAUACGGGGGAGCCUGUUAUUUAUUAUUUAAUAAAGUGGUGUUCCCUUCCGUAUGAAGAUAGCACAUGGGAACUGAAGGAAGAUGUUGACCACUCCAAAAUAGAGGAGUUUGAACAGCUGCAAGCUCUUAGGCCUGACACUAGGAAAGUGGAUCGACCACCCCCCAAUUCCUGGAAGAAGAUCAACCACUCACGAGAGUAUAAAAUUGGGAAUCAGCUCAGAGAAUACCAACUGGAAGGACUUAACUGGUUGCUUUUUAACUGGUAUAACAGACGGAACUGCAUUCUAGCGGAUGAGAUGGGUUUGGGUAAAACUAUCCAAAGCAUAACAUUCCUGCAUGAGAUCUUCCAGACAGGCAUCCGUAGCCCUUUCCUCAUCAUAGCUCCACUCUCCACCAUCACAAACUGGGAACGAGAAUUUCGCACAUGGACCGAUCUCAACGUAGUUGUCUAUCAUGGAAGCAUGAUCAGCCGGCAAAUGAUCCAGCAAUAUGAAAUGUAUUCACGGGACUCCCAAGGUCGUGUUAUCCGAGGAGCAUACAAGUUCCAUGCCAUUAUCACUACUUUUGAAAUGAUCCUGGGAGGCUGCCCAGAACUCAAUGCUAUUGAAUGGAGAUGUGUUAUAAUUGAUGAGGCACACAGGCUGAAGAACAAGAACUGCAAAUUGCUGGAGGGACUGAAACUCAUGAGCCUGGAACACAAGGUGCUUCUAACAGGAACCCCACUACAAAACACAGUGGAGGAACUCUUCAGCCUGCUGCACUUCCUGGAGCCUUUGCGCUUUCCCUCCGAAUCUACUUUCAUGCAGGAGUUUGGUGACCUCAAGACCGAGGAGCAGGUUCAGAAACUUCAGGCUAUUCUUAAACCAAUGAUGCUUCGGAGACUUAAGGAAGACGUGGAGAAAAAACUGGCCCCUAAAGAGGAAACUAUCAUAGAGGUUGAGCUGACGAACAUCCAAAAGAAAUAUUAUAGGGCCAUUCUGGAGAAGAACUUUGCCUUUUUGUCGAAAGGGGCUGGGCAAGCAAAUGUUCCCAACCUAGUCAACACCAUGAUGGAACUGCGUAAAUGCUGUAACCACCCAUAUCUCAUCAAAGGUGCUGAAGAGAAGAUCCUGGGAGAGUUCAGGGAGACGCACAAUCCUAUGGCUACGGAUUUCUACCUCCAGGCCAUGAUUCAGUCUGCUGGGAAGCUGGUCCUCAUCGAUAAACUGCUGCCCAAAAUGAAGGCAGGAGGCCACAAGGUGCUCAUCUUCUCCCAGAUGGUGCGUUGUCUGGACAUUCUAGAGGAAUAUCUCAUGCACAAAAGAUAUCUGUAUGAACGCAUAGAUGGGCGAGUCCGAGGAAACCUCCGGCAAGCUGCUAUUGAUCGCUUCAGUAAGCCGGAUUCAGAUCGCUUUGUGUUUUUGCUUUGCACCAGGGCAGGUGGUCUGGGAAUUAACUUGACUGCUGCUGACACCUGCAUCAUAUUCGACUCUGACUGGAACCCACAGAAUGACCUCCAGGCACAAGCCCGAUGUCAUAGGAUUGGUCAGGACAAAGCUGUAAAAGUUUAUAGACUAAUAACAAGAAAUUCCUAUGAGCGGGAGAUGUUUGACCGAGCAAGCCUCAAGUUGGGUUUAGACAAAGCUGUGCUACAGAGUAUGAGUGGAAGAGAAAAUAGUGGUGGAAUUCAGCAGCUUUCAAAGAAAGAGAUCGAAGACCUUCUUAGACGUGGAGCAUAUGGAGCCAUCAUGGAUGAGGAGGAUGAAGGAUCAAAAUUUUGUGAAGAAGAUAUUGACCAGAUUCUUCAGAGGAGGACAAAGACAAUCACCAUAGAAUCUGAAGGAAGGGGUUCAACAUUUGCUAAGGCCAGUUUUGUGGCUUCUGGGAAUAGAACUGACAUCUCAUUGGACGAUCCAAACUUCUGGCAGAAGUGGGCAAAAAAGGCUGAAAUUGACAUUGACUCAGUUAGUGGCCGAAACAGUUUGGUUAUAGACACUCCCAGAAUCCGCAAACAGACCCGGCCUUUUAGUGCCACAAAAGAAGAACUGGAGGAGUUGUCUGAAGCAGAAAGUGAAGGAGAUGACAAGCCCAAGCUACGAAGACCAUGUGAUCGAUCCAGUGGUUAUGGAAGGACUGAGUGCUUCCGCGUGGAGAAGAAUCUUUUGGUAUACGGGUGGGGAAGAUGGAGAGACAUUUUGUCUCAUGGCCGUUUCAAGAGGCAGCUAAAUGAUCAAGAUGUUGAAAUCAUCUGUCGAGCUUUGCUGGCGUACUGUCUAGUGCACUACAGGGGAGAUGAGAAAAUUAAGAGUUUCAUCUGGGAUCUCAUCUCUCCAACAGAAGACGGGCGGACGCGAGAGCUACAGAACCAUCUUGGCCUGUCUGCUCCAGUGCCACGGGGAAGAAAAGGGAAGAAAGUAAAAUCCCAGACUAGCACCUUUGACAUCCACAAGGCUGAAUGGUUGCGGAAAUAUAACCCGGAGCACCUGCUGCAAGAUGAUGGGUACAAGAAGCACUUAAAGCAUCACUGCAACAAGGUUUUACUUCGAGUUAGAAUGCUGUACUAUCUCAAGCAAGAAGUGAUUGGCACCCAGAGCAAGAACGUUCUGGAAGGAGUGGAUGUUAGUGAAAUCAAUUUAUGGGUUCCUGAGCCAGAUCAUUCGGAGUUACCUGUGGGCUGGUGGGACGCUGAAGCAGAUAAAUCUCUUCUAAUAGGGGUAUUUAAACAUGGUUAUGAAAAAUACAACACCAUCAGGGCAGACCCAGCACUCUGCUUCCUGGAAAGGGCUGGAAAGCCUGAUGAAAAGGCUGUGGCAGCCGAACAAAGGGCCAAUGAUUACAUGGAUGGGGAUGUUGAAGAUCCAGAGUACAAACCAGCUCCUGCUUUAUUUAAGGAUGAAAUGGAGGAUGAUGCUUCAUCUCCUGGUGAUCUUGUUAUAGCAGAUGGUGAUGUUCAGGGGCCUGAAGGUGAUAAAAGUUACUGGCCCACACAGUCAGCACUAACCACACGCCUCCGUCGACUUAUAACAGCAUUCCAGCGCACUACCAAGUUUAGGCAGAUCCAACAAAUCCCAGCAAUGUUUCCAAUUCACGCAGCAGUAACACAAGCACCUUAUGAAGAUGUUUCCUUGAAUCCAAAAGUUGCUGCAAAAAUAGAAAGACAGCAAAGGUGGACUCGAAGAGAGGAAGCUGACUUUUAUAGGGUUGUCUCUACAUUUGGCGUGGUGUUUGAUCCAGGGAGAGGGCAAUUUGAUUGGACCAAGUUUCGAGCAAUGGCCAGACUUCAUAAGAAAACAGAUGAAAGUCUUGAGAAAUAUCUUUAUGCCUUUAUAGCAAUGUGUCGGAGGGUGUGUCGGUUGCCUUCUAAAGAAGACAUUGCAGACACGUCAGUAUCGAUCCAGCCAAUCACAGAGGAGAGAGCCUCCAGAACAUUGUACCGCAUUGAGCUCUUGAGGAAGGUUCGGGAACAGGCUAUACGUCAUUCACAGCUGUUUGAGCGCUUAAAACUAUGUCAGCCAAACCCAGACUUGCCUGUGUGGUGGGAAUGUGGUACACACGACAGAGAUUUGUUAAUUGGAGCUGCUAAACAUGGCGUGAGCAGGACAGACUAUCACAUUUUGCGGGAUCCUGAGCUUUCCUUUAUGGCAUCUCAAAAGAACUACAACCAGACUAAAGGAACUUCCUCUACUUCUCUAAUAGCCCCACCAAACCAGCUGCCCUUAUCAUCCUCACCUCUUACUCCUCAAUUAAGAACACAUGAACUAAAGGGGAGCCCCAUUGAGGAGAUUAAACUUAAAGAUGAUGCUGGAAAGGAGGAUAUUCCAGUGUCGGAGGAAGAGCCUGUGAAAAUUAAAGAAGAGGCACCAAGUCUUGUCAAUGGCCCACUGACUCAUACUGGAGAACCUAAGCCAAGUGCCAAGUCAGAGACCAAUAGGCGCAUGGUAGCAGCAAGGACUGAGCCUCUUACGCCGAACCUAACUUCCAAGAAACAAAGAAUUAGCAAACGAGGUUCAGCCUCAAGUUCAGACUCUGAUUCAGAUUCAAACCACUCGUCAUGCUCCUCCAGAUCUUCCUCUUCCUCAUCUUCCUCCUCUUCUUGCUCUCGCUCAGGAUCCAGUUCUUCCUCCUCCUCUUCCUCCUCCUGCUCCUCUUCCUCCUCUUCGUCUUCCUCCUCUUCAUCUUCAUCGUCUUCAUCUGAGGAUAGUGACAGUGAUGAUGGAGAUGGACAGAAAUGUGAACGAGUGCCCCAUGUCAAGGCUUAUGAUGAAGAGAGUGUAGCCUCUCUGAGCACCAUACAAGAUGAAACUCAGGACAGCUUUCAACUGGACAACGGAAUCCCAACCUCAAACUGUCUUGUGCAAGGUGGAUAUAUGUUUGCAGCUGCCCACUGGCCAAAGGAUCGUGUAAUAAUUAACAGAUUGGACAGUAUAUGCCAAGCAGUAUUGAAAGGAAAAUGGCCCACGCCCCGAAAAACCUAUGAUGGAGUCCGUGUGGUGACCUUCUACACCAAUCAACUGUUAGAUAGCCCCGGGGCUGCCUCCGAGUACAUUGAACCAGGUUUACAGCCAUCCACCUGCGUGGCCGUCAAAGCCGAACCCUGCCAAUCACCACAGAUGUCAAAGGUGAAGAAGCAUGUACCAGACAAGGAGUUUACAGUGAAAAUCAAUGACGAGGGUGGCUUAAAGCUGACAUUUCAGAAGCAAGGGAUUCCUCAGAAAAGGCCUCUGGAUGGUGAGGAGGCACUGGGACAGCAGCAGUAUUUGGCUCGACUACAGGAUCUUCAGAAUGCCUCUGAGGCCAGCCUUGUAACCUUUCCAAAACCCUUGGCAGCAUCAGGUACUUCUAAUACACUAUCAACUCCUGGUAUGAAUGGCAUGGCAUCAGAUGCUCAGCCAGCUGUCAAAAAAAGGAGAGGAAGGAGGAAGAAUGUAGAAGGAGUUGAUAUCUUGUUUAUGAACCGGAAUAAGAUGCUAAAUCACGUGAACCCGGCUUUGGCUCCUUCCUUAUCUCAGCCUUUAUCUGGCCAUCAGGUGCUUCCAGGAGCACUGGAUGCAGACAGCCCUGUCCCUGUCAUUAACUUAAAGGAUGGCACACGGCUAGCAGGGGACGAUGCACCAAAAAGAAGGGAUCUAGAGAGCUGGCUUAAAGCACAUCCUGGUUAUGUAGAAGACCGGGGGGCUUUUAUACCUAGAAUGCAGCUUCAUGAUGGUAGGCCCAAACAGAAGAGGCACCGAUGUCGGAAUCCCAACAAGCUGGAUGUGAACAGCCUUACUGGAGAUGAACGUGUUCAGCUCAUCAACAAGAGAAACGCCAGGAAGGUUGGGGGAGCAUUUGCCCCUCCCCUUAAAGACCUGUGCCGAUUCCUGAAGGAAAAUCCAGAGUACGGAGUGGCUCCCGAGUGGGGGGACGUUGUAAAGCAAUCUGGUUUCCUCCCAGAUAGUAUGUUUGACCGUAUCCUAACUGGCCCUGUGGUGCGGGAGGAAGUGAGCAGGAGAGGCAGGAGGCCAAAAAGUGAAAUUGCCAGGGCAGCAGCAGCCACAGCAGCUGGAAACUCUGUCAACGUCAGCCCUCUGCUAGCAAAUGGCCUUAUCCCAGGCAUGGAUAUUUCCAGCUACCAAGCUUUACAGCAGAACUUCCAGAGUCUCCAGUCUUUGCAGCUGACAGCUGGAUUAAUCGGCUUGCCUGCAGGUCUCUCUGCUUCUGGUGGAGAUGCCAAAAAUAUGGCCGCCAUGUUCCCAAUGCUGCUGGCUGGAUUACCCAAUCUUUUGGGUAUGGGAAACCUGUUGAACAAAUCCUCAGAGCCCAGUGCCAAGGAGAAAGCGAAGAACUGUACAAAUGACUGCAAAGAAGCUGAAAAUGGCAAAGAAAGGACGAUGUCCCCUUCUGGUGACAAAGCCAGGCAGAACUCAAGCCCUCCUUCCACAUCUAUGGGAACUGCUCUACAAGCAGGUUCCUUAUCUAUCAACCCACUGCUGUUACCCAAUAUACUCUACCCAGGGAUGCUUCUCACUCCAGGCCUUAAUCUUCACAUCCCAGCUGUGCCGCAACCGAACAUUUUUGAAGUACAGAAUACUAGCAAAGAUGCUGGUCCAGUAGCUGUCCCAGAUUCCACCGCAGAAUCGCCUCCUGCCCCCAGCCAGAAAGAAAAAGCGAGGAAUGAGGUUGGCUCUCAAAAUGAGAACAGCACAGAUGACUGUUCUGAGAAGGCAGAACCUUCCUCAGGAUCAAACAGCCCCUCUUCUUCCUCGUCUGAGGACUCGGAUUCUUCGGAGGAAGACUAACCUUGACAAAACCUGCACUUAAAUUAUGAAACAGCCCUUUCCCUCCCUCCCACUUUAAACCCUCUCUUGCCUACAAUUAUUUUAAUUGUAAAUAAUGUGUUACAAGUGCAUCAAAGGAUUUUAAAGACAAGCAGACAUUUCAGUAUUCUGAAAAUGCAAACGGCGUUUUAAGAAAACGUUUUGCAUGUAAUAUUCUCACAGAGACUUACUUGUAUGUAAUAUCAAAAAA